AUGGCUGUCCCACAAAAUAGUCCAGAUAAGCCUCCGUACAAAGUUGCUGAUAUCUCGCUAGCCGAAUGGGGUAGAAAGGACAUAUCAUUAUCGGAAGAAGAAAUGCCCGGUCUAAUGUCGUUGCGUAGGAAAUAUGGUCCGCAGAAACCGCUGAAGGGGGCUCGAAUAGCUGGUUGUUUACAUAUGACUAUACAAACGGCUGUGCUUAUAGAGACUUUGGUAGAGCUUGGUGCUGAGGUGCAGUGGUCCUCCUGUAACAUCUUUUCGACUCAAGAUCAUGCUGCGGCUGCUAUUGCCAAAGCUGGUAUUCCUGUUUAUGCUUGGAAGGGCGAAACAGAAGAAGAAUAUGAGUGGUGUAUUGUUCAGACAUUAAGGUUUAAAGAUGGUCAGCUGCUUAAUAUGAUUUUGGAUGAUGGUGGUGACCUUACCAACUUGGUUCACACUAAGUAUCAGGAAGCGCUGCCAGGAAUUUUUGGACUGAGUGAAGAAACAACAACAGGAGUUCAUAAUCUAGUUAAGAUGCUCAAAGCAGGGACACUGAAGAUUCCUUCAAUCAAUGUUAAUGACAGCGUAACAAAAUCUAAAUUUGAUAAUCUUUACGGUAUACGAGAGUCACUUCCUGACGGUAUUAAACGAGCAACCGAUGUGAUGCUUGCAGGAAAAAUUUGUAUUGUUUGUGGUUAUGGUGAUGUGGGCAAGGGCUCUGCAGCUGCUUUAAGAUCGUUUGGCGCCCGCGUUAUAAUAACUGAAAUCGAUCCCAUUAAUGCGUUGCAGGCCGCUAUGGAAGGUUAUGAGGUGAAGACACUGGAGGAGGUCGCUCAUUUAGGACAAGUGGUAGUGACGACUACCGGGUGCAAAGAUAUUGUUCGUGGUGAACACCUAAUUGAGCUCCAAGAAGAUGCAAUAGUUUGUAAUGUUGGCCAUUUUGAUUGCGAAAUCGACGUUAAGUGGCUGAAGGCCAAUGCUGUUGAAAAAGUUAAUAUAAAGCCACAGGUUGACAGAUACAAGUUGAAGAACGGCCGCCAUGUUAUUCUCUUAGCUGAGGGUCGUUUAUGCAAUCUGGGCUGCGCUACUGGCCAUCCGUCUUUCGUAAUGAGCUGCUCUUUUACGAAUCAGGUCUUGGCCCAAAUAGAACUGUAUACUAAACAUGGAACUCCGCAGGAAUAUAAGGUUGGUGUGUAUGUUCUUCCCAAGACACUUGAUGAGGAGGUGGCGCGACUUCACUUGGACAAGCUUGGUGUCAAAUUGACGAAGCUGACGCAAGAACAGGCUGAUUAUAUUGGUGUGAAAGUUGAAGGCCCGUAUAAGCCGGACCAUUAUCGUUAUUGA